UCUCCAUUUUCCAUGUUCCGGAUGCAUGGCUGUUGGGACCAAUUCGGACUCCGACCCGUUAGUCUUUUUCACGGUCCCGCCACAUUCCCUCCCUUCAAAUUCAAAACUCGCAUCCAUUUCUGUUUCGGUUCCAAAACACGAACACAGACACAGACACAGACUCAGAGAGAGAGAGAGAAUGGAAGGAGAGCAACAUUCUCCUUCACUAUCACCAAACCCUAAUGCGUUUCUUAGAGAUAUCUCAAACUUCAAAACUCCAAAAUAUUCCUCCCAUAACUCGAAAUUUCAGUUACCGUUUCCCAAUUAUUUUACUGCCUCCAAACAAACUCCAUCUUCGUCUUCAUACUCUGCAUUCCGUCGCCGGCCUUCUCUUGCUCCAUCAUCCCGAUCGAAAGCCGCUCGCAAGCUUAAAGCAUUCGAGCUCGAGCAGUCUCAGUCUGCCCGAAAAGUCCAGAUUCGGAAAGAAAAAUCCCUGAGGUCCCUAGCCAAAUCACUUUCCGCUUGGCUCAAUUUCCUAUUUGAGAACCCUAGGUCUUGUGGGUGUGAACUUUCCAGCCUGACGGGUGCAGAUCAUUUGAAAGAUCCAGGGACGGUUUUGCCAAAUGGGAAGAGGGACAGCUGGCCCGGAGUUGGAGUUGGGAUUGAGAGGUCCUGGAGGAGCCCAAAGCGCCAGAGGGAUUCACAGUGGAAAGCUAGGGAUGUUGUUGAUGCCGAGCCAUUGUUGUCUUCGUCGGUAUUUUCAUCACUGGCGGCAUCAUUGCAGGAAAUUUGCAGCUUCGAAGAUUUGAGGCAACGGAUGGGGGCAUAUUUGAAUUCAGGUAGCUGCAAUGAGGUCCUCUCCGUGAUGAGUCAAGUACUAAAGAAUAUAGAUGAAGGAAGGUUGAAGAUGAAGACACAUUGCCCUAUAGUAACUGAUGUAGGGAUGAAGGAAAGAGCUAUAAAGGUGCUUAUGUGUUAUAAUCCAGCAUGGCUUCAAAUUGGAUUAUAUAUUGUUUUUGGUGGUGACUCCUUGUUGUCCACUGGAGAUUUCAAUUCUGAUCAAGAAGUAAUGUUCUUAAAAAUGGUGGUUGAGAAGCAGUUCUUUUCACAUGCGGGUCUGGCAAAAACUUAUGCUUAUAACAAGUUGGUUGAGGGUCUAUAUAGACCAGGAUAUUUUGAGGCUCUGGGGAAUGUUAUACUAAAGAGGUUUCUGUUGCUUGUUCUUAUACUUGAUAGAGCUAAAUCUCAAAGCAGUCUUCCAAUUAAGUAUGGUAUUGAUGGAAUUGAUGGGGGUUCUCCUCCAUUGUUUGUUUCUCAAUCCAAUAUUAAAUCAACCCGGCAAGUUAUACAAGAUUUCUUAUCUUCGGAGGUAAUGCAUGGAGAAGGUAAUCUUCUUGCACAUCUUGUGAUUAUUGGCUACAAAGUAUCUUAUGAACAGUAUCCGCUUGUUGAAUACGAUUUCAGAGUGAAAGAGUUAUUUGACGAUCUCCAGGAUGGGGUGCGACUCUGUAGAGCCAUUCAGCUCUUGCAAUCUGAUGCUUCCAUUCUCACGAAAAUGACAGUUCCUUCAGAUACUCGUAAGAAGAAUGUAGUGAACUGCAGCAUAGCUAUGCAAUAUCUCAAGCAGGCUGCUGUGCCAUUAAGUGAUGAAGAUGGAGUGAUGAUUUUAGCAGAAGAUAUUGCUAAUGGAGACAAGGAGCUUAUAUUGUCCAUGCUCUGGAACAUCUUUAUUCACUUACAGUUACCAUUGCUAAUCAACAAAAAACAGUUAAUUGAGGAAAUAUCCAAAGUUAAAGAGGCUAACAUGUUACAGUACUCUUUUUCGGUUCUUCAGGACCAGUCAAAUUAUAAGACAUCUACUCUUAUGGAAAUGCUUCUGGAGUGGAUCCAGGCAAUCUGUCAAAUGUAUAGCAUCAAGGUCGACAAUUUUUCAUCUUUAGUUGAUGGUAAAGCAAUGUGGUGUUUGAUUGAUUAUUACUUCAGCAAGGAACUUCAUUGUUGUUCUUAUAAGGAGACUCAAGAUACCAGUAGCAAAAGAUCAGUUUUUCUGACAACAGAUAAUACAGAUGUCAUACAUAAUUUUAUUUUAUCUCAGAAGCUCACAACAAUGGUGGGAAACUUUCCUGAAGUGUUGCAAAUAAGUGACAUACUUGAAAAUAAUGGCCCAUGUAAUGAACGAAGUGUGAUAAUUUUGUUGGUUUUCCUCUCAUCACAACUGAUUGGCAGAAAGAAUAUGGAUCAACGCAAUAUUCACAAACUUCUGGGAUGUAAUUGUCAAAGUCCAGACAGAAGACAACCAAACCUGGUGAAGUGCUACCCAAAUUCAGAAAGACAAGUGAAAGACAAUGGACCGGAUGACUACAAUAAUGAAGAUGCUGUGAGAAAGUUUAAAGUCAUUCAAGCUUGGUGGAGAGAUAUGGCUAAGAGAAACCACAAUUGUGAACUUAAACCACCUGCUUGUGUUGUACAAUGCCAUGUAGCAAACAAAUAUAGCAUUGACUUUCAAAGAGAAAGGGCUGCAAAAAUUAUACAAUCUAACUUCAGAGGAUUGAUUGUACGACACAAGUUUUUGAAGAUGAAAGCUGCAAUUUCCUUUUUACAAACUGUUAUUCGGUCUUGGUUAAUGGUUAAACGAAGAGGAGUAUUUAUCAAUUUCAAUAACGUUAUGGUCGACCAACUAUCUGUUGGGAGCCAGAAACAUCUGGAUAUUUUUGUAAGAUACUCUAGGUUCAUGGUCGACAGGCUCAGCUUUAUCAAGUUAAAGAAGUCUGUUCUGCUUAUUCAGCAGGCUGCAAGGGCUUGGAUCAUUCGAAGACGUCAGAGUAAAUCUUUGCUUGAUCUGGUCAGAGCUGCAAGUGUUAUCCAGUCAUGUAUUCGUGGGUGCAUAGCAAGGUCUAAAUAUCAUGUCAGGGUUGCUGAGUUUCGUAAAAUUGAACUUUUGCAUGCCAAAAAUCUUCAAAUGAAGGCAGCUAUUACAAUUCAGCUUGCGUGGAGAAAAUUUUCUUUCCAGAAUUCUCUCUCCAAGCAGUGCUCUGCUGCAACCGUGAUACAGAGUCACUAUUGUGGUUGGCUGAUGAGAAAAGAGUUUCUGUACAAGAGAGAAGCAAUAAUAAAGAUUCAGAACCUUAUUCGCUGUCUAAAACAUCAAAGAUAUUUUCAACAGUAUAGACUGGAAACUAGGUCAGCAACCAUAAUUCAGUCAUACAUUCGUGGAUGGAUUGCGCGAAGUGAAUUUAGAAGAAAAUAUCAUUACAUUGUUGUGCUCCAAAGCCAUUGGCGAUGUUAUUUGAUGAGGAGAAAAUUUUUAUGUCAAAGAGAUGCAACAAUAAAGAUCCAGAGUGCUCUUCGAUGCCAAAAAUGCUGGAAGACAUUUCAACAUUACAAAAGUGCAGCUAUUCAAAUUCAACGAUUUGUCAGGGGGCAAGUUGCUCAAAGUAUAUCAACUGCUUCUUGUCUUCACUCUACCAUAAACAAGGGUUGCAAGAAACAGAUCUCAACAGAUUGCUUCGAGAGCCUUGAAUCAAAAAUUUUGUUACAUUCAGUUCUGAAGCUGCAAAGAUGGUGGAAGAGAGUUUUGUUGCUCAAAUCCAGAACAAGAUCUGCAAUCAUAAUUCAGUCUCACAUUCGUAGGUGGAUUGCUAAACAAAAAGCAAAUAGGGAGAGACAUCGCAUUGUUGUCAUUCAAUCAUAUUGGAAAGGUUACAUUGCACGAAAAGAGUCAAAGGGGAAAUUAUUGGAUUUGCGUAUCAGGGUGCAAAAAUCUGCUGCAAAUGUUGAUGAUAACAUGCGCCUUAUAAAUCGGCUUGUAGCCGCACUUUCAGAACUACUUAGCAUACGAAGUGUCAGUAGCAUACUUCACACUUGUGCAACUUUGGAUAUGGCUACCAGGCAUUCUCAGAAGUGCUGUGAGAUGCUCGUGUCUGCAGGGGCAAUUGAGACACUAUUGAAAUUGAUCCGCUCAACCAGCCGUAGUAUUCCUGAUCAGGAAGUUCUGAAACAUGCACUCUCUACUCUAAGAAAUCUUGCCCGAUAUCCACAUUUAGCAGAAGCACUGCUAGAUACGCAUGGAUCCAUAGAAACAAUAUUCUGGGAGUUGUUUAGGAACAAAGAGGAAGGAUAUUUCAUUGCCUCUGAGCUCUUGAAGAAGUUGUGUUCAAGGCAGAAAGGUUUUGAAAUGGUACACCAAUUCCCUUAUCUCUUAAAGAGGUUGCAUACACUUGUUGAGGACCUCAAACGCAAGACAAGCAAUGAGAAGAGGAAUGCCCGCCUUCUGCCUGUGAAGGACGGCACAGAAAGAAGAUUGAAAGAAGCUGUUGAGCUCUUGAGAUUGACUAUAAAUGGUUAAGAAAGCUUAGCUGUUGUAUUGGAAUAUGUUGUAUAAAUUUUGUAUGUUCUAAUUUUUGUUUCUGCCUGAGAAUUUCUUUUGUAUGAUUUUUACGAUGAAAAGACAGGAAACCUUAAUACUAGACUUUGAAAUCUAUGCUUCUGUAUUUUA